ACGCGCUGCGUCCUCCGUGAUGCUGCGCUCUCCUCCGGCUGCAGCCACACCGGAGAUCCUCACCUCAGUUAAAACCUGAAAUCCUCCUCAUCUCACUUCUCAUUUCUGCUUUUCUGCUUCCUAACCGCCGACGGGAUCUUAAUAAAAAAAGAAAAGAAAAAUGGCACAUCACGGAUUAAAAGCGCGCAAGGCGCAGGCGGACUUAUCUGACUGCUGUUUGCAGACUGUUUAUUCUUCUCUCUCUGUAUGAGCUUUCUGCUCCUGUUUCUCCAUUUUUUCCCAUCAGCUCCUUUUUUUUCAGGACAUCGAGGCGUUUUUUCUACACGAAGAAAGAAGCGCGACAGUUGGAAAAAACGUUUUUCUUAACAAUAUGCUCCUUUAUGCUGCUCUGCCUUUUAUUAAAGUAUUUUAGGUUUUCAUUUUAACAAUAUAACUUAGAAAUGGAGCCGGGGAAGGAGAACGCGCUCCCCAUCAGGGAGGGGGUUAAACAGAUGGCAGGAAAGGCCCUGGGGAAGCUGUACAGGAGGAUGGAGAAAAAGCAGCAAACAGGUGAGAGCAUAGAGCUGACGGAGGACGGCAGACCCAGGGGGGAGCAGGAGCGCAAGGCUCCCCUGUGUGACUGCACCUGCUUCGGGCUGCCGCGCAGGUACAUCAUCGCCAUGCUGAGCGGGCUGGGCUUCUGCAUCUCCUUCGGGAUCCGCUGUAACUUGGGUGUGGCCAUCGUCAGCAUGGUGAACAACAGCACAAUCCACCAGAACGGCAAGAUCAUCAUUAAAGAGAAAGCGAAAUUCAACUGGGACCCAGAGACUGUGGGAAUGAUUCACGGCUCUUUCUUCUGGGGUUACAUCGUGACUCAGAUACCAGGUGGUUAUAUUUCCUCCAGACUGGCUGCAAACAGGGUAUUUGGUGCUGCCAUUGUGCUGACAUCCAUUCUGAAUAUGUUCAUUCCCUCCGCCGCUCGUACGCACUACGGAUGUGUCAUUUGUUUAAGGAUUCUGCAAGGCUUGGUGGAGGGGGUGACUUAUCCAGCCUGCCAUGGAAUCUGGAGUAAAUGGGCCCCCCCACUGGAAAGAAGUCGACUGGCAACUCUCUCCUUUUGUGGAUCAUAUGCUGGUGCCGUGGUGGCCAUGCCUCUGGCUGGGGUCCUGGUGCAGUACACAGGAUGGUCCUCAGUCUUCUACGUGUAUGGAUGCUUUGGAAUAUUUUGGUACAUGUUCUGGAUUCUGGUGUCCUAUGAGAGCCCGGCAGAGCAUCCGACCAUCACCGAAGAGGAGCGUCGUUACAUCGAAGAGAGCAUUGGAGAAAGUGCCCAGCUCAUGGGCGCAGGAGAAAAAUUCAAGACCCCCUGGAGGAAGUUCUUCUCUUCCAUGCCCGUCUAUGCAAUCAUUGUGGCCAAUUUCUGCAGAAGCUGGACUUUUUACCUGCUGCUCAUCAGCCAACCUGCAUACUUUGAAGAAGUUUUUGGUUUUGAGAUCAGCAAGGUCGGUGCGCUGUCGGCUCUCCCUCACCUGGUCAUGACCAUCAUUGUGCCUUUAGGAGGCCAGUUAGCAGACUACCUGCGGACCCACAACAUCAUGUCGACCACAAACGUCCGUAAAAUCAUGAACUGUGGAGGGUUUGGCAUGGAGGCAACUCUCCUAUUAGUAGUUGGAUACUCUCAUAGUAAAGGAGUGGCCAUCUCCUUCCUGGUGAUGGCAGUGGGCUUUAGUGGAUUUGCAAUAUCAGGGUUUAAUGUGAACCAUCUAGAUAUCGCUCCUCGCUAUGCCAGCAUCCUCAUGGGCAUUUCUAACGGUGUGGGAACCCUAUCAGGCAUGGUCUGCCCACUCAUUGUGGGGGCAAUGACAAAGCACAAGACCCGUGAAGAGUGGCAGUACGUCUUCCUCAUCGCCUCCCUUGUGCAUUAUGGCGGUGUCGUGUUUUACGGGAUCUUUGCUUCCGGGGAGAAGCAGCCGUGGGCCGACCCCGAGGAAACCAGCGAGGAGAAGUGUGGCUUCAUAGACGAGGAUGAGCUGGCUGAGGAGACGGGUGACAUCACACAGAGCUACGGCGCCAUGGGUGGUCCUGCUAAAAGCUACGGGGCGACGGCACAGCUCAACGGAGGCUGGGUGCAGGACUGGGACAAGACAGAGGAAUACGUUCAGGAACCAGCAGGAAAGAUUUACGCCCAGCGUGGCUACUCUUAGACCUUACAUCCAUGGUGAGCCUGCCUAGUAAACAGGCGCACCAUUAGCGAUUGCACAAGCGUUGGAUAGAAAUCUAGACAUUUUUGUUUUUGUAGUUUGACAUGAAAUCUAAAGUAGUUUAUUGCAAAUAAGAAAAGUACUCCUCAUUAAAUUAUUGUUUUUCAUACGUGCAUAUUGUAGGGCUUCACUAAAUAUACGGAAAGCAGUUGCGACGCAAACUGCUGGUGUUUGCUAGGCACCCAAACCUCAUUGAUCUACUUGAACAACAUGAGCCAGACGACACUGCAGAUGACCAUCAGGUAGGGCAGGGGUCGGCAACCCGUGGCUCCAGAGCUGCAUAGCGGCCUGGAGCGUUUUCAAAAAUGUUUGAACAUUUUUAUUUAUUUGUUUGUAUAUUCAUUAUGUUUUCUAAGUGUAAACAUAUAUUUCAAUGAACAUUUGCGUGAUAGCCAUAGAGAUCAGUGGUCAUAGCCUGCAACAAAGGAAGACAGCUGAUGAGAACAGAGGAUUCAAAGAAGAGUGGAGAGAAUCAUUUGCUUUCAUUAUCAAUGAGGAAGGAUUGCCUGCAUGCAGGCUCGGACUGGGAAUGAUUUUCGGCCCUGGUAUUGGCCCACUUAUGGACCGGUUCAUAAACCGCCUGGAUAUACGAAAUAUCGCCCAAUUUCAACCAAAGUCUAUUGAUCUCUCAGGCCAUAACUCUAAAGAAAAGCAUUUUUUAUCCAUAGACGGCCAUCCUAAACUGCCAGAUUGGGAAAAAUCCCAACCAAUGCCCGUAAGACGGGAAACCUUAGCCUUUAGAU